AUUCAACCACGACCAACGGCCUGAAAGCAGAUAGAAGUAAGGUUAGGGCAAUGUUGUUAACAGUUAUAAUAGAAAACGUGUGCGACACACAUGUCACACACUUUGGCCCAGCUUUGGCUUCCUGACGUCAAAGAGAACUAGAGACGUUACCUGCGAUAUUGUGGAGGGGGUGAAUGUUCCAAAUAAAGCCGCUUUCAAAUGCCUUAACACUUAAGUUCCUGUCUUGUUCCACGGCAGACGUCGCCGCCAACUAGAAUCAUGACCAGGGUUACUUGCAUUGCACCCGUCAACAUUGCUGUCAUCAAAUACUGUGAGUGAAUAAGUGAAUGUCUUUUUGCGUCGAACUAGGGAUUUUAUAUCGUUUUUCUGUUCAGGGGGCAAGAGGAACGAAACCUUAAUCCUGCCUUUGAAUGAUUCAAUCAGUACAACGCUAUGCACGCAUGAUUUAUGCGCCAAAACUUCCGUUAUGGCUAGUCCGGAAUUUACGGAAGACAGAAUUUGGCUGAACGGCAGGGAGGAAUCCAUAAAAAAUCCACGCUUGAAGAAUUGCCUAUUGCAAAUACGGCGUGUUGCUAGAGAUCAAACACCGAAUGUCAUUCCAGAAUCCUGGCAUGUUCACAUUUGCUCAGAAAAUAACUUUCCUACAGCGGCAGGACUUGCUUCCUCUGCUGCAGGCUACGCUUGUUUGGUGGCUACACUUGCACAGUUAUAUGGUGUAUCAGGUGAUAUGUCUGCUAUUGCACGACAAGGUUCAGGAAGUGCAUGUCGCAGCAUGUUGGGUGGAUUUGUCCGCUGGCAUAAAGGAGUCGAAGAAAGCGGGUCUGAUUCUGUAGCAACACAAAUAGCUCCUGCCUCUCACUGGCCUGAAUUAAGAAUACUUGUUCUUGUGGUCAGCGAUCACAAAAAGAAGACUAGUAGUACAAUUGGCAUGCAGAACAGUGUAGCAACCAGUGAGUUGCUGAACUAUCGCGCUCAUCAAGUAGUACCAGGAAGAGUAAAAAAAAUGGAAAAGGCUAUAAUGGAAAAAGACUUCACUCAAUUUGCAGAAAUAACAAUGAGAGACAGCAAUCAGUUUCAUGCUGUAGCCCUUGACACAUAUCCUCCAGCAAUUUAUAUGAAUGACACAUCCCAUUCAAUUGUAAACUUGAUUCAUAAAUUUAAUGCUGCACAUGGACAAAUAAAGGUGGCUUAUACAUUUGAUGCUGGACCCAAUGCAUGUCUGUACAUGCUGGAAUCUGAGGUGCCAGAGGUAGUUGGUCUCAUUGAUUGGGCAUUUCCAGCAAAAGACAUGAAAAUAAAUGUUCUUCGUGGCUUACAAACUGAGAGAAACGUACCAGAAGAGUCUUUGACAGGAAAACUUGAAAUGCAACCUCUCAGUGCUGGCAUGCUGCAGUAUCUCAUCCUAACAAAAGUAGGAGAUGGUCCUCAAAAACUGGAAGGAGAUUUUGUCCAUUUAUUGGAUAAAUCCGGCCAACCUAUGAUGCAGCCGCUGAAGUCGAUGCUCUUGACAGCUGCACUAUUAAUGUUACUGCUGCACUGCCAGGAGAUGACAGCUAAUGAAACUCCAGAACCAGCGGGGUCUUCGCUGGCCAAGUACGUUUUGGCGUUCUCGCGACCCGGAGCAUUCAAGGAAAUACGUGCAGUGUUUGGCGAAGAGCCACCAAUAACCACAUCGUGCCCUCCAGGAGACCAGGGCCUGGAGUGUCGUCAAGAUGAAGCUCGUCGUGUCUACGACGAUUGUCCUGGAGGUGGUGGUGGUGGAGGAGGUGGUGCUGGAGGUGUUGGAGCAUGCCUUGCAACUGGAGGCAUUGUAGGAGUAGCAGGCUUGGGAGCAGGAGCAGACAUUACAGCUGGAGAAGGUGUCGGUGGUGCA